CACAGCCGGUGCAGUGUGCUGGACCAUGUGAUAGCUUGAAAGGCGGUUAGAAGCUGCAGGAGAGGAGACUUGGGGAUGAGAGCUGCCUGCCUGCCUGCAUCAGAGUUAAGAAUACACUGCAGUGAAUCAAGUGCUCCUUCCAAUCAGGGGAGUAAAAGUUCAUGCCGUAGGGAGAGCAGGGCAGAUUUCAUUCAUCUGCAGGAUGCCAGGAGCCACGGGGAUCUAACGGAGCCAUCCGAGAGCAGAAUGGUACCUACGCUCCCACAGCCUGCCUGCCCUGGGUGUGAAGUCUUCACUUGGAGGAGGAAACAGUAACACAGACUGGAAUCUGUGUAGGAGAAAGCAACACAAGGGUUCUCAGAGCACCAUGCCGCAUCACAUCUCGGGCUUCCAGGCUGCCUACAUCACCAUCGAGGUGCUGAUCGCCCUUGUCUCCAUACCUGGGAAUAUCCUGGUGAUCUGGGCCGUCAAGGUGAACCAGGCCCUGCGGGAUGCCACCUUCUACUUCAUCGUCUCCCUGGCCGUUGCAGAUGUAGCUGUGGGAGCCCUUGUCAUCCCGCUUGCCAUCAUCAUCAACAUUGGACCACAGAUACAUUUUUACAGCUGCCUGAUGGUGGCAUGUCCUGUCCUCAUCCUCACUGAGAGCUCCAUCCUGGCACUGCUGGCCAUUGCUGUGGAUCGCUACCUCAGAGUAAAGAUUCCGAUGCGCUACAAGAGUGUGGUGACUCCUAAGCGUGCUGGAAUUGCUAUUGCUUGCUGCUGGCUGGUUUCCCUGCUCGUCGGGCUGACCCCUAUGUUUGGCUGGAACAACUUGAACGAAAUGCAGAAGAGGGCGAACGCCAGUCAGCUGACGAACACCAGUCAGUCAGAGUUCACCGUCAGCUGCCAGUUUGAGAACGUUAUCAGCAUGGAGUACAUGGUCUACUUCAACUUCUUCGUGUGGGUAUUGCCUCCGUUGCUCAUCAUGCUCAUCAUCUACCUGGAAGUGUUCAAGAUCAUCCGCAAGCAGCUUAAUAAAAAGGUCGCCUCCUGCUCGACAGAUCCAGAGAAGUAUUAUGGGAAGGAGCUGCAAAUCGCCAAAUCUCUUGCCCUCGUCCUCUUCCUCUUUGCUGUGAGCUGGCUGCCUCUGCACACUCUGAACUGUAUCAGCUUUUUCUACCCGUCGUGCAAGACCCACAGCAGCCUCACCUACAUUGCAAUAUUUCUUACGCAUGGGAACUCUGCCAUGAACCCCAUCGUCUAUGCCUUCAGGAUUAGAAAAUUCAGGACCACGUUCCUGCAGAUCUGGAACCAUUAUUUUUACUGCAAAGGGGACAAGCACAUGAACAAUAUUGAUAACACGGACAUUGCCAUCUAGGAGUCGUCUGGUGCCAGGCUGGCCUGCAGCCUUCAAGCCACAUGGGGUGCUCUAUAAACAUCCCUUUCAUUGUCCAAAUGGCCAAGUUGGCUUCAUCUCCAUCAUACGCAAGGCCUGCUCCUGGGCAGAGCAGACAAAGCCCAGAGCCAAUCAAGGGCAUUAUUUAUUACUACUAGUAAUAUUCAUUUUACCAUCUGGUAUUCUAGGAGCUGUUCUUUCCCCUCCCUUUUUUUGGAAGAAAGGUGACACUUAUAAUUAUGCUUUUAAAGGGGGACUAUGCCAACAGAAUGUAUAUUUCAUUCCAAUAAAGAGGAAACGAA